AUGGCCGCCCAGCAGCCGAUCGACAUGACGCCGAGGAUCAACCCCUACGCCCGCACGCCCGUGGCCCCCCUGAUCUCCAAGCCAGCGGCACCGAAAAAAACACCAAACGUGGACUACGGAAUGCUAGCCCUGCCAUCCCACGUCAUGAAGCUGCAAUACCCCUGGGGAGUCUACCCUGACGACGACACUGCAUGGGCGUACUACCACACACCGCAGACGCGGGAGACAAUGUGGGCGUUCCCAGCGGACUGGAAGCUUCGAUCACCGUGGGAGAGGCACCUGACCAACGACAACAAGGGGACCUUCAGGCACAAGAACAGGAUCACGAGCGACUUCGUCGACGGCGAGCCGGGGCCACCGGUACCACUAGGACCGCCACCCGAGAGGGCCGACGAUGUCAUCGGCAUCACCCCACCCGCGAGGAUCCACACGGCGCGAUGCCAGAGCAGGUGCAACAGCGGCACGAAGUUCUACACGAAGAUCAUCCUCGCCAUCUGCCAGCUCAGCCACCUGGGCCCCGCAUCAUCCCCGGCAGACGUGAAGUUCGGACGGGAGCUGCUGCAGGCCGCUCAUAUCGCUCAGGACAUCGCAAGAGACCCGAUCAAGGGAGGCAUCAACAAAGGAGCGAUACUGAAGAAGCUCUGGGACCUACUCACGGGCUAUGUCGACGUGGGUAUGAUACUGACGCAGCUAUGGGACACCCAGGACGGAGCGGACAAGCUACGUGCCGCUGGCAGCCACCCAGGCUCCCGCAAUGACACCCCUGCGCCGACCCCAACCGUCUCGAUCGCGGUGUGCAAGGACUGCGGCUCGAGAUGGUGCAUAGUGGGAAACUCAAUCAGCGGUAAGUGUAGCAGAUUCAACUGCACCGAUAUUAUAACCUACCGCAACAGCAGCGAGUGGGACGACGUCUGCGACCAGGCCUCCCCCCGCACCAGCGAG